AACCUCGUCCCCGGUUUCAGUCCCGCUGACAAACCCCCCACCCACACCAGCAACAGCAGCAAGCCCGACCGCGGCACCGGAGGCAUUUUGAAGAGCAAGACCUUCUCGGUGGCGUAUGUGUUGGUGGGAGCGGGCGUGCUGCUGCUGCUGCUCUCCAUCUGCCUGAAUAUCCGAGACAAGAAGAGGCAAAGCGAGGAGAUCGCUCACGUGCAGCACCAGACGUCUGUAGAGCCCUCACACCAGGAGGACAGUCAAGAAGAGGACGAAGACACGUCUUCCCAGUACUACGUCCCCAGCUACGAGGAGGUGAUGAACACGGGCUACUCGGAGCCCAGAGACUCGGACAGGAGCAGCAGGCUCAGCUUCUCCCUGCCCUCCUACGAGUCACUGACGGGGCUGGAGGAAAGCACCCAGCCGCCGGGUGCUGCCGGCGCGGAGGCCGGCACGGAACGACAGCCCGGCCGGCACAGCUCCCGCCUCAGCAAGCGCCUGAAGCCGCUGAAGAUCCGGAGGAUCAAGUCAGAGAAGCUGCACCUGAAGGACAUCAGGCUGAACCUCACGGAGGGGAACAGCACCGCCCCUAUCACGAUAGAGCCGCUGACCCCACCGCCCAAGUACGAGGACAUCCAGGAGAAAGCGCCAGAGAGGCAGCAGAUGACUUAG